GGAAGACACUUUAAAUGACAUUGAAAACGUUCCUAGGUUCCCUCUAAUUGCUUCUAACGCAAAUGCGCAAAUGCCCCUCGGGUUGCCGAUUGCUGCAUCGGGUGCAUCCUCUUCUCAAUCUUCCUUGACCGGCACUCCUGCGCCGCGCGCUUCAUGCCGAAACAAACCUGUUGUAAGCGCGGCUAUUCCGGAGAUAGGAAACUUUUUACAUAACACAACUGGAAAAAUUAUAUUUUGCAGUGUUUCAGUAAACGAGCUUAAGAAUGAACUUGACGGGAAGUGUGAUGGACCGUACGGGUCAACUAGAUCAAUACCGCACUUAUAUGGAUUCGCUGGAUCUUGCUGGCAAGAUGAUCGAACUCCAAAUCAACAAAGACAACAAUUUUCCUACCCUCAUCAGUAUGAUGAGAUUGACUGCUGAAAGUGGAGCUACUGUGAGUGGAAUGAAUGAUAGUGACUAUCCUAGUCUAAACAAUCUGUCAGGUGGCCUGGCUGAUCUAAAACAACUACGAAGUCAGUUCCAGUUCCCUUUGCCUCGAGAAGUUAUGGAACAUUUUAGUCAUAUGCAAUGCCACUGCAUGAUGGGUCUUUUUACUGACAUUCAUCGUGCAUGGUUGACUAUUGACAGCGAUAUCUAUGUUUGGAGCUAUGAACAUGGGUCAGAUGUUGCGUACUAUGAUGCAUUGGGAGAAACAAUUUUGUGUGUUGGUCUCAUACGCCCUAAGCCUGGAGUUUUUAAAAGCUUUAUCAGGUAUCUUCUUAUCCUGGCCACAACCAUUGAUAUUGUCAUUCUAGGUGUUACAUUUUCUACUGCCAAUGGACAACAUGAAGAAAUGCAUGUGAUCUUAGAACCUGUAUUCAGUGUACCCACUGAUGGUAUUAUUGCUACAACCAUUGUGGGUACAGAUUCUGGUCGUAUUUUUAUUGGAGGCCGUGAUGGCAACCUCUAUGAGAUAGUAUACCAGGCUGAAGGAGGCUGGUUUAGCAAGAGGUGCAGGAAAGUGAAUCACUCAGUGGGGACAUUAUCAUACAUACUUCCCUCAUUCUUAAGUGCAGCAUUUGCGGAAGAAGAUUCUAUUUCCCAAAUCGCUGUAGAUGGAAGCCGUCAUGUCCUUUACACAUUAUCUAACAAAGGCACAAUUGCUGUGUUUGACAUGGGAUCAGAUGGUCAAUCAAUGAGCCGCACCACAGCUUUGUCUCAGGCUUCUAUUGUUCAGAAUGCAAUCAAAAUUGUGAACAAAACCCUUGACAGUAACAACUUUAGACCAAUUGUGAGCAUUUCAGCCAUCCAAUCAAAAGAAUCCACUCAUUUAAACCUUGUGGGUGUUACUCAGACAGGAGCAAGAUUAUACUUUACUACUGGUUGUGUUAGUAGAGGUGUGCGACCUUAUACAUUGAAUUUGCUCCAUGUACGUCUGCCUCCGGGUUAUGCUGCUAAUGCACCAUCUCAUAGACCUGCAAAGGUUCAUAUGGCUACAUACAACAAAGGAAACACCAUACUUAUCACAUCAGGAGGUGGUGAAUGUGACACCCUUUGGUGUUUGAGCAGUGACCCUUAUCCCUUCCAUCCAUAUUUGGUAGAAGUCCAAACAGUUCUUAAUUUAAACGGUCGUGUUUGGGCUCUAGCUGAAAUUGGUGGUGAACUUCCAAUUGGUCCCAUUGCCAAUUGUCAGGCCAUAGCAGAUGUAGAUACAACUACGACUACUCAACCUGAUUCUUCUUUGGAUCAACCAGACCCCCCUCUUGUUGUUCGCCAACACAUAGAGCCUCCACGUAAAUAUGUUGUGUUGACUCCACAGGGCACCGAAAUAUUCCAUAAAUUACGUCCAGUAGAUAUACUUCGACAGAUAAUGACUGAAAGAGGGGGACCUGAAAAUGAUGCAGUAAAAACAUUCUUUGAAGUGCAAUCAGAAGAACAAGCUUGCGCAACAUGUCUCAUUCUUGCAUGUUUGGAAAGUACCCAGAAUGCACAACUUUCUGAAUGGGCGACCAGGGCUUUCUUUUUAUAUGGUGGAGAACCCAGAACUGGUGUGCCAGCUCGCCCAAACAUUGCAGCCUCACCAUUCCCAUAUUCAGUUGCUGGAAAUUUCAAUCCAAACGUUGUGUCAACACCUGUAGCCCACAAUGCACCCCAUUCAUCAUUUGCUGGUGUUUCUAUGGGAAUAAGCAAUCAAGGAGCUACUGAUGGUCAUCUGAUGUCAUAUUCAGCCAAACACAAUGGUCUUUAUUUGUACGUCAGUAGGAUCUUACGCCCACUGUGGAGUCAGAAGGUGACCCAGCGAAUUACUGCUGAUAACAGGAAAAAUUUCUUAGUUAGUGCUGUGUCAGGGGAAGAUUGUGUGUGGGUCUUAAGCCAUCUGCAUGCACUUCGUGCUUUUCUGGACAGGAAUACCCAACUAGCAAUGCUCAACAGCUCCAGCAGUCAAUUCCAAACUUCACUUUCCAUUAGCCGUCAUGUUGACCCUCUGGAGACUCCUGGACCAAACCGAAUUGGUGCUCCUCACACAGCUCUGCAAGAAGCACAGCUGGAAGAGAAGCGCUCAUUGGAUGCACUUAAAACUUUCCUCUCUCAUACAUGUGAAGUGCUUGGUUUGUGGAAGGUGUUGUCAGAUCAUCAAUUCCACAACCUUGCUCAAGGUCUUGCCCCUGAGGAUCAGUCUCAUUUAUCUGUGAUGACUUUCCGAGACCUCAUUCUAGUUGGACAACCUCUGUGCUCUGCUCUUAUUACUAGCCUCAUUAACAGCUAUCUAAGUGAUAAUGCCUCAGUUGACUCUGUCAGUGCAAAAUUGCGAGAAAUUUGCCCCAAAUUGUAUAGGAAUGAGGAUGCUGCUUGCAACAAGGCCAAUGAAAUGCUAAUAAAAGCCAAAUCUGAGGCAAAUGUGGAUGAAAAAGAAAGACUUUUACAAAGGGCUUUGCAGCUUUGUAAAGAAGUUGCUCCAAAUCUUAAUUUAGGUGCAGCCUGUUCUAAAUUUUAUUCAGCUCAAUGGUAUGAUGGUGUACUGCAGUUGUGUGUCUCAUUUGCUAAUAAGCUGGAUCCAAAGGAUGUAGCAGUACACUAUUAUCGUAAUGGUGAACCCAAUGAAGAUACAGAGGGUUGUCAAGCAUUCAUGCACAGGAUGGAUGCGUAUAAAGAACUUGUUGGGGUCUUGGAUCAGCUCUAUGGUCAAUCUCGCACUCACAAUACAAGUGUAGUCCCUUUGUCCCCUGGACCUCCUGCCAUCCGUGACUCAGCUCCAUCUGCUCCUAUUGAUUCUCAAGCUCAGGCCAAACGAUUGAUUGAUCUAGCUCUUCGCUGUGAGGAUGAGUUAUGCCAUGUUGCCAUCUAUGAAUGGAUGCUGCGCCGGGGCCUGGAAGGAGAACUCCUUGCAGGAAGCAAUGUUUACAGAGGGCUGGAAACCUUCCUUUCCAGAGCUGCACGAUCUCGGCCGGAUUCUAUUGAAGUCAAUGAUUUGCUUUGGAAAUUCCAUGAGCGAAAUGGUAAUCAUGCAGCAGCAGCUAAAAUUCUCUUCCAAUUGGCAAGCAAACCAAGAUCUCUGAUUCAUCUUAAGCAACGGGUAGAUUAUUUGGCACAUGCUAUCAUGUGCAUGCGAAGUGACAAAGUGGGAGCAGCUCCAAAUCUGGGAGUCUUUUUAAGGGAGCUGGAAGAUCAAAUGGAAGUUGCAAGAAUUCAGCAGAAGAUUUUGGAUGCUGUUUCAAACCUCCGCUCUCAGCAUCCACAACCUGAAGCUGUAGAAACAGCAAUUGUGAGAUUAAACACAUCUUUGUAUGACAUCACACAGCUAUACCAGGACUAUGCUGAGCCCUUCGACCUUUGGGAAUGCAAGCUGGCAAUAAUUCAUGUGUCUGGUCACACUGACCCCACACUCAUAGAGAAUAUUUGGCGCAAUAUUAUUUCUACAGAAAUGAAUCGUCGGCACACCCAAGACCGCUUAUCUGCUUUAAUGGACAAAGUAAAAUCCUUAGGUCAAGAAUAUUCUCUUGCUUCUCGGUCUUUCCCAAUUGCUCUGCUUGUCAAAGCCCUUGAAGUUGAAGUCUGCUCUGCAAAAGGAGACCCAUCAAUUGUCCACUCAACUAUGCUGUCAACUGGUGUUCCACUCCCCGUGCUUUUAGAUGUAUAUGAGAAAAUGAUUGCUGCAAAUGAUCGGUGUUUCCUUGAGAAAGGCAAUGACUUUCACCUUAUCCAGGCAGUUAGCAUCAUGGUUAAUAAAUUUGCAAAUACUCCAACCAUGGUGGCUGUUUCAGAGAGACGUUCUAUUGUAGCUAAAUCAGGUGAUGUUAUCUCUAUAUGCCUUAAUACAUUAUACAGCAAACCAGGCACUCAAGAUCUCAUUGAACAACUCAGAGGCAUUCAGGCUAAGUUGAACCGUUUAGGGGGUAUGUAGGGAGUAUUCUAACUUUUAUUAUUACUGUAUAAUCUUCUAUUUUGUUUGCUGCUGCGGUGUGCUAUUAUGUUGUACUGUAAUUACUAGUUGAAGUUGUGUUUAUUGUGAUAAUGAGGUGUGAAUUGUAAAUCUCUGAUUAUAUCUUUUUAGAGUGUAACUGUGAGUUUGAGUCAUGGGUUUUUUCACAGUAACCCAAUGAAUGAACUAAGAUUUCUUGUACCUCAGAUUACGUUUAGAGAAAUUUUGAUGUGUGUCUAUCUGAAGGUGGUGUUUGUAGUUUCCAGAUUAUUGGUUCAUGUCUGUUUCUUUGUCAGCAAUUUGUCACUGUAUUUGUUUGGUAAUCAUGUUAUUUAGCGUAAACGUAAGACUGACUUCUAUGCAGUGCAUUUUGAUGAAUGUAAGUAGGCUUUUACUUUUAAAUAUAUAGGGAAAAGUUAAUUUAGAAUUUGUAAUAAGUUACCUUUUGUUCUUAUACACCUGUCAUUAAUCAAUCAAACGUCUUUGUUUCCUGUGUGCCAGAAUAGAUUCAGUUUAAACACAAAAGCAAAAUUUAAAGUAAUAUCAACCAUUUUUUUGUGUUUUGCUUUUUGUUUAGCAUUAUUCUGCACACCCAUGUGAAUCUGCAGAAUAUGAUGCCUGCUUUCUAUAUAGUAUUUUUUACAAUGAAUUUUUAUACAUCUGUUGUAUUUUGUGACCCAUUCAACUAGAAGGCUUGUACAGGAUUUUAUUUACUACUAAUUUAUUUUACAUGACAUGGUAUUUCAAAA